UUUACAGUACCCAAAAAAAGACUUUCUCCGGCGAUUAAUUUCCCCUUCGUUAUACACAGCAAUUCAACCCCCUCCUCAGUAACAGCUUCACCCAUUCGGAUACCACUUCUUCUCUAUUCAUACUUCUUUCACCGCAUCUUUUUCGUAGCUGUUGCAAAUCAAAAUCCACACAAUCCGCCGUUGCUGAGUCUUGAACGGUCAUCUUCCACCGGCUCAACUCCUCCCGAUGUAAUGGCUCUUUCAUUCACUGUCGCUCCCUAUCUCGCGUUACGCUUCGAUGAACUUGUUCGUUCCCGUAGACAGCCAGACGAAAAUCUGGUAUUCAGGCUGCUUCACUUUGAGGAAGCAUAUAAACCGCUAAAAGUCGGGAUUCUGAUACGCCUCGAGCUGCUGAUGCGUGACGAAAUAAUUACAAGCUGUAUUUGCAAGCGGUUAUUGUUUAUGGAUUCCCUCACCAAAGAGAAAAUAAAUGCUCAUAAGAGACCGAGAGUAGUCCACACAAUAGAAUCCGCCAAUGGGGGUGUAGAUAUACAGAUAAUGAAAGUUGAUGUUUAUGAAGAAAAGUUGUGUUCUCUUCCCAUAGCGAGUAUGUCUCAGUAACAACUACGUACCACUGGAGUUAAAACAAUUCUCACGCAGUAAACACACCCAAUCAUCAGAGCUAACAGGAUCAUGUAAAGUAUUUUGAAGUGAGUGCAACUCCAAUAUAUGGAGAAGAAAAACAAAAUGGAGUUGUCAGAUCAAAGCAACGAAACCUCUCCAUGUGUGUACCUCUUCACAGAAGCUUUAUAGAGAAGGAACUUACCGAAAAGUUAAUUUCCGUUUUGGAGAUGAUAGAUAUGAAAGAUGUUUUUGUAUUGUGGCUUCCAGGUGGUGUUGCUGCUUACCUGGAUGUGAAGAAAGAUGGAGGUGCUAAAAACCAAAUCCACCUCUAUGAUGUAUUCUAUCAAAGGAAUAGACUGGAUUGCUUCAGGCAUAUGUGAGCCUAUGUUAACUAGUAAACCAUGGCGUGAUCCGAGUUUAAUGGGAGAGGCAAAAAUUCUAGUGGAAGUAAAGCAAGAUAAGUCGUUCCCUCGGAAGUUAGCUCUAAAGAUCAGAGUAGUUCUAUGUCAAUGGUGAAGAUGUAAGUUCCUACGGUGUUCUGAUGUAGUUUGUGAUGUAUUACGAGACGUGUCAAGACAUAUGUCAAAACGUUGGGUUAAGAAAGUUUCCUUCCAUAGAUUAUGUGUGUAAGUGGAGCUUGGAAAAGGAAUGAUAAUAUCUUGUUGAAUAUAAAUGACCUUUUUCGUUAAGCUAAAUGGUUUUCUUGGAGAAAAAAUGUUACUUGCAAAGGAAUAGGAAGUUUCCUUACAUGAAAAUGAAAGUUCGUUAAAGUGUAUUUAAUGAACUUUGAGAGCAAGUUUAAAGUUUAUUAUUAGGGGUGUCAAUUCGGGCUGGCCCGGUCUAAACCCGCUAAGCCCGUAAAUAUUUGAGCCCGGCUCGGCCCGGAAAUAGUUUGGGCCUAGAAUUCAAAGCCCGGCCCGGUCCUUAUAGGGUUAUAGGACUUUUCGAGCUUUUUUGGGCUUUUCGAAAAAUGGUUUGUCAUCGUCACUUCCAUCGUUUUAAUAUAUGUGAACUUUCAUAAAA